AUGACAACUUCAUCUUCAAUUACCUAUUCAUAUCUAUCUCAAAAAAUUAUAGAUAGUGAAGCUCCUUCUGAAGAAAUAUUAGAUUCAUUAUCAGCUCAACAAAAAAUAGAAGUUUUAAAAUUAUGUUAUGAUUCACAACGAAAAUUACUUAACAAGUUACUUAAAGAAAAAAGAAUUGAGCAAGCUAUUAUAGAAAUACCUACUAUAGAGCCAUCUAAACGAGAUAAACAUUAUAAUGUUGAGGAAACAGCUGAAACUAAUGAUGAAGAAGAGACUGAAACUAAUAACAAGGAAGAGGCUGAAAAUAAUAAUAAUAAAGAGACUAAAAAUCAUAGAAACAAUUUGCAUCAAAUAUUUAAAGGCACAUUAAAGUCUAACCCAUCUACCAAAGAAUUAAACAAUAAAAUUAGUAGCUGA